AUGCGGUGGUCAUCAUUGAGGCCACUCGCGGCGGUCGCGUCGGUCGCGGCGCUCGCCUCUCCUGCUCUCGCCGAGCCGAUCCUCCAGUCUAACUCAUUAAACGCCUGCCAGGAAAACUCGGGCUUCUCGGCCAGCUUGUUCAAGGUCACAUUCACGCCAAAUAACCAAACAGCAAAUGUCGACAUCGUUGCCGUCUCCUCCGUCCAGGGGAGCGUCAUCUUUGAUGUCCAGAUCUUAGCCUACGGAUUCGAAGUCAUUAGAAAGCGGGUCAACCCCUGCGACGCCGGCCUCGCCGGUCUGUGCCCCAUGACGGCCGGCAAGAUCCCGCUUAACUUCAACCUAAACGUGGGCAAGGACGCGAUAUCGCAGAUCCCAGGCAUUGCGUACACGUUCCCCGAUCUCGACGCCAAAGUGAAGGUCUUCAUCAACAUGACCGACGGGGACCAAGCCGGCAAGAGCGUCGCAUGCGUCGAGGCCGACAUUUCCAACGGCAAGACGGUAGAUCUGGUCGGCGUCAAGUGGGCCACGGCCAUUGUUGCUGGCUUGGCCUUGGUGUCUUCGGCGAUUGUGUCCGGCCUCGGCCACCAGAACGCGGCAGCCCACAUCGCCGCGAACUCUCUCUCGCUCUUCGGCUACUUCCAGGCGCAGGCCAUGAUCGGCCUGACCGGAGUGCCUUUGCCCCCCGUCGUCAUGUCGUGGACCCAAGAUUUCCAGUGGAGCAUGGGCAUCAUCCGACUCUCGUUCAUGCAGGACAUCUUCACCUGGUACCAGCGGGCCACCGGCGGCACUCCGUCGACGAUUUUCGACUCCCUGACCACGGUUUCCGUUCAGGUGGAGAAGCGUGCGCUUGACUUUGUCGAGGCGGCGGCGAGCAGCAGCCUGGCCAAGCGCUCGCUCGCCAUGAUGCCCAGGAGCAUUGUUGGACCCAUGUCAACAGUAGUCAAACGCGAGCUGGCCAAACGGGCUAACAUUCAGACCAGCUCCGGCAGCUACAUUGUAUACGGCAUUCAACGUGUAGCCUUCCGCGCCGGCAUCGAGUCGACGAACCUGUUCAUGACAGGCCUGGUCUUCUUCUGCCUCCUCGUCAUAUUCACGUGUGCUGGCGUGGCCGCCUUCAAGGGCUUCUGCGAGUUGGCCGUCAAGAAGAGGUGGAUGCCUGGCGACAGGUUCCUCGAGUUCCGCAACGGCUGGCAGACCAUCCUCAAGGGUAUCCUCUUCCGGCUGACCUUGAUCGGCUUCCCCCAGAUGACCAUCCUCUGUCUCUGGGAGUUCACGCAGAAGGACUCGGCUGCCGAGGUCGUCCUGGCCGUCUUCUUCCUGUUUGGCAUGCUCGUCACCCUGGGAUGGGCCGCGACCAAGGUUAUCAGGAUCGCACGUCGCUCUGUGACGAUGCACCACAACCCGGCCUACAUCCUGUUCUCCGAUCCCCAGGCCCUCAACAAGUGGGGGUUUUUGUAUGUCCAGUUCCGGGCCUCGGCAUACUACUUCAUCGUUCCCGUACUAGGCUACGCGCUGGUUAAAGCCAUGUUCAUUGCCUUCGCACAAUCCAAGGGUACCGUGCAGGCGGUCGGCUUCAUCAUACUGGAAGCCGCCGCGCUUAUCGCCGCCAGUGUCCUGCGUCCGUGGAUGGACAAGAAGACGAACUCGUUCAACAUCGCCAUCUGCGCUAUGAACUUCAUCAACUCCAUUUUCCUCAUGAUCUUCACCGAGGUCUUCAACCAGCCGCCGCUCGUCACGGGCAUCGUUGGUCUCGUCCUCUGGAUUUCCAACGCUGUCUUCGCCCUGAUCCUGCUGCUCAUGCUUAUCGGAAGCACCGUAUUUGUGUUCUUCCGGGAGAACCCUGAUGGUCGAUACCAGAUCAUGGCCGACGACAGAACCUCGUUCAUGAAGUCGCAGACGCAUCUCACCACGACCACGGAGCUCGACGCCCUUGCCGCUACAGCGCGUGGCGACAAAUUUGGCUCCAAAGGUGGGCUAGACCUCGACGACGACGCCGAGUCGAUAACGUCCGACUCGUUGCGCCGCCAGACCGAGUCUUCGCACCUUGGCGUGCCCUCGGCGAAUGCUUCCGUGUCGACCGGGUUCUCCAACCGGCCGAGGAGUCCGGCGUCCCCUGCGAUGCCGCUGUUCCCCGCCGACGGGCCGCAGAGCCCGCCGAGGUACACCGACCAGCGACCCGCCAGUCCCUUUAGCCAACCGAACCGACCCGCCAGCCCGUUCGGCGCACAGCAAAGACCAGCUAGUCCAUUUGGCGCCUCGUUUCGGGCACAAAAUAAUGCGAGCCCGUGGCAACGUGGCGCUGGCUAUGAGCAUUAA